CUGGGAGACAUGGGGACCGAGAAGUCUAGCCUUGUUCUUCAGUUUGUUAAGGGUCAGUUCCUCGACCGCCAUUUGCCCGCUAUCGGAGCUGCCUUUUUCUCCCAGGCGUUGGCGGUGAGCGAUGCCACGGUGAAGCUUGAGAUUUUGGACAUGGCGGGACAAGAGAGGUAUCACAGCUUAGCUCCAAUCUACUACAGAGGAGCGGCGGCGGCGGUUAGCGUGUAUGACAUAUCCAGAUUGGAAUCAUUUGAGAGGGCUAAGAAGUGGGUUCAAGAGUUGCAGAAACAAGGUAAGCUGAAGAAGGAAUAUUGUGAGCAUAUAAUCCCAAGCGUUUAUUCUUACAUGGAGCUGUGUUGUGGGCAAUCCCAGUAUGGUGACAGAUCUUGCUUGGAAACAAUUGUGAUUUGGAGGAACAAAGGAAAAUCACAACUGAGGCAAGUAUAG